GAACAGGGAGCAGACAGAAGAGCAUAGCGGGCAUUCAUAGAUAGAGGGGGCGGACGCGCGUUGCCCUUCAUCAUUUCAGCACAAUUUUUAUACUCUUGCGGGUCCUGUUGUGUUAUUUUAUCGCAUUGGAAUAGGGACUAAACUGAAAAGCUGUGAAAAUGGCGCAGCCAGACAGCAAGAAGAUCUUCUUUGAGAACCUGUCGGGAGCGGGGAAAGCUAUCGCGGUUCUGACGAGCGGAGGAGAUGCUCAAGGGAUGAAUGCUGCUGUCCGUGCUGUAGUUCGAAUGGGUUUAUAUGUGGGAGCAAAAGUUUAUUUCAUUCAUGAGGGAUAUCAGGGUAUGGUGGACGGUGGAGAGAACAUAAAGGAAGCCACAUGGGAAAGUGUCUCCAGCAUGCUCCAAGUGGGUGGAACUGUUAUCGGCAGUGCCCGCUGUAAAGAGUUUCGCAGCCACGAGGGACGCCUGAAGGCAGCUCACAACCUGGUGCAGCACGGCAUCACCAACCUGUGUGUGAUUGGAGGAGAUGGAAGUCUGACGGGAGCAAAUCUCUUCAGGGAGGAGUGGAGUGGGCUGCUGACGGAGCUGGUGGAGCAAGGCUUGAUCGAAGCCGAUGCCGUUCAGAAGUAUUCGGCCCUCCACAUCGUGGGGAUGGUCGGCUCUAUUGAUAACGACUUCUGUGGAACUGACAUGACAAUCGGCACCGACUCGGCUCUGCACAGAAUCAUCGAGGUGGUGGACGCAAUCAUGACAACUGCACAGAGCCACCAGAGAACAUUUGUGUUAGAGGUCAUGGGCAGGCACUGUGGCUACCUGGCCUUGGUGAGCGCCUUGGCUUGUGGGGCAGACUGGGUGCUGAUCCCUGAGAUGCCCCCAGAGGACGGCUGGGAGGACAAGAUGUGUCAGAAACUGUCUGCGACCCGCUCCAGGGGCACAAGGCUGAACAUAAUCAUAGUUGCAGAAGGAGCCAUUGAUAGGCAUGGGAAUCCUAUUACUUCUAGUAUUGUCAAGGAACUUGUUGUCAAAUGUUUGGGUUUCGACACACGAGUGACAAUCCUGGGACACGUGCAGAGAGGAGGGACCCCUUCUGCUUUUGACCGCAUCCUGGCCAGUCGUAUGGGCGUAGAGGCCGUCCUCGCUCUCCUGGAGACCACGGCCAACACGCCAGCCUGCGUCGUCUCCCUGUGCGGAAACCAAUCGGUGCGGCUGCCUCUGAUGGAGUGUGUGCAGAUGACUCAGGAGGUCCAGAAGGCCAUGGAUGAGAAGAGGUUUGAGGAGGCGGUGAAGCUUCGGGGCAGGAGUUUUGAAAACAACCUGAGGACGUACAAACUGCUGGCUCAUCGUAAACCAGAAUGUGAACUACCAACGAGCAACUUCAACGUCGCUGUGUUGAACGUCGGAGCCCCUGCAGCGGGGAUGAACGCUGCGGUUCGAUCAGCUGUCAGGGUGGGAAUCUCCGAGGGGCACAAGAUGUUUGCUGUCAGUGACGGCUUUGAGGGAUUCUACAAAGGACAGAUAAAGGAGAUCAAGUGGGCUGAUGUCGGAGGAUGGACGGGACAAGGUGGAUCCCUGUUGGGAACCAAAAGAACACUUCCUGCGAAGCAUGUUGACAAAAUUGCUGAGCAGAUGAGACAGCACAAUAUUAACGCGCUGCUAAUUGUCGGAGGAUUUGAGGCCUUCCUGUCACUGCUGGAAUUGUUAACGGCGCGCGGGAAAUAUGACGAGUUCUGUGUGCCCAUGGUCAUGGUCCCAGCCACUGUCUCCAACAAUGUGCCGGGCUCAGACCUCAGCAUUGGCGCUGACACGGCUCUGAACGCCAUCACUACUACUUGUGACCGCAUCAAGCAGUCAGCCAGCGGGACAAAGAGACGCGUGUUCAUCAUUGAGACUAUGGGAGGUUACUGUGGUUACCUGGCCAGCGUGGGAGGCCUGGCUGCUGGAGCCGACGCUGCUUACAUCUACGAGGAGCCGUUCGACAUCAAGGACCUGCAGGCUAAUGUGGAGCAUUUGACUGAGAAAAUGAAGACGAGCAUUCAGAGAGGACUGGUCCUAAGGAACGAGAACUGUAACGAGAACUACACGACAGACUUCAUCUACCAGCUGUACUCUGAGGAGGGGAGGGGGGUGUUCGACUCCAGGAAGAACGUGCUGGGACACAUGCAGCAGGGAGGAGCGCCAUCUCCGUUCGACCGGAACUUUGGGACCAAGAUCUCUGCCAAGGCGAUGCAGUGGGUGACCAAGAAGCUGACGGAGACGUUCAGACAGGGUCGCGUGUUUGCGAACACCGAGGACACCUGCUGUCUACUGGGGAUGCGGCGCAGGGCUCUGGUCUUCCAGCCCGUUGUGCAACUCAAAGAGAGCACUGACUUUGUUCACAGGAUCCCUAAGGAGCAGUGGUGGCUGAAGUUGCGUCCCCUCAUGAAGAUCCUGGCUAAAUACAAGACGAGCUAUGACGUGUCAGACUCCGGGCAGCUCGAGCACGUCGUGCGCAACCGGCCCAGAGAGUCGGACGCUUCGGUAGCCAUGUGAAGGCCGCCACAAACAUACGGUGGCCUUUAAAGUCCAGUCGGUGUGUCAGACUGAAGAUCCAUGAGGCGUCGAUCUGAGCUCCAGUAACAACAACCUGUGUUCAUUCUCUGUUUGUGUCUUUUCCUUCGAUGUCACUCGUCUCUUUUGUUUUGACAGAAUCAUGACUGUAACCUAGCCUCUGCAGUGUUUCUAAUAUCAAACACACACACACACACGUCCUCUCUGCGUGUCCUCGUCGCCCUGGAUGUUUUAGUGUCACUGUUGUUUUAAAAAUUGCACUUUUUUUCUCUGUCUGCGGCUACUUAGGCGAGCUCCGAGCGCGGAGCUGCACGAGGACAGAAUAGACACUGCGUCUGCUGUAAAACCAGUGUGUGUGUUUCUGCCUAGAACCGGUGUGAGGUUCAGCAUAUUUAUGUGACACUGAUGCAAUACAGUCAUACUGCUGCUGUGCUUUCCACUGAAACUAAUAUUUAUCUUUUGAACUCUGUUUAUUUUGCUCGUGAACAUGGAUAUAUUCUAUUAAGUGUAGACACAGCUGUAGCUGUCUGUCAAGUUGCACCAACACGCUAGAAAUGUAAGAGACGUUAUGUUUCCCACAGAAUAAAAUCAGACUUGAGAAGUAGA